CCAUAAUGGUGGCUCCUUUAUGUGUUUCUCCGUAGUUUUCGGCUUAAAGUUACAAGUCUUUGGGGGGUUUUAAUGUUCCGUGCAGCCAACAUAAAGAGCUUCGGUAAAGCGGGAACCAGCUGGCACUUUCGCCGGACGAUGGAUGAGCUGGUCCACGACCUGGUGUCGGCACUGGAGGAGAGCUCGGAGCAGGCACGCGGGGGCUGUGGUGACGGUGGGGACCACGCCCUGGCCGUGGGCUGCCUGCUGAAGCGGCAGGCCCGCAAGCGGCGCGGCCGCAAGCGGCGCUCCGACAACCCCCACCCGCCCUGGGAGCCCUGCCACCUGCUGAGCGAGGGCUCCGAGUCCAGCCUGGAGGAGCACAAGGACUACCGCGCGCCUGCCCACGCCCGGGACAACAGCGACUCGGAUGAGCAGCUGCAGGGGGCUAAGCGGCGCCCGCCCCUCGCCCUGGACGCAGGGCGGGGCAAGAGGCCCCUGUGGCAUGAAGACGUCCCCGGCGGGGAGGGGCUGGGGACUCGGAGCCUCCGCCGGCGGAGGAAGGUCAAGCGCAUGGCGGUCGACCCGCCGCUGGAGGUCGCCAGCAUGCUGGCCCCGCCCCUGCCCAAGCCCCACAGCAGCGGCAGGGACUCCGCGCUCAGCCCGGAGAGCAAGGGGCCUGAGCCGGGGAAGAGCAGGGUCAAGAAGAGGAAGAUGGCCGCCAGCAGGCAGGGGCCGGAGGCUGCAGACGAAGGGGUGGUGGUGGAGAGCGAGGAAUCGGGCCAAACGGGUAAAGACAAAAUGGACUAUGAGGAGCACAAAGGAUCGGACGAGGAAAUGAGUGACAGGUGUGAAACUAGCAGCGUGAGCAACAGCAGUGACGGCGGCCUGUAUACCAAUGACGAGGGGAGACAAGGCGAUGACGAGCAGAGCGACUGGUUCUACGACGGCGAGCCGGGCGGGGCGUGCGGCAUCGCGGGGGUGAUCCCCUGGUGGGAGAAGGAGGACUCCUCUGACCUGGAGAGGGAGCUGUCUGACCCCGUUUUCAACAGCAUUCUCACGGGAUCCUUCCCACUCAUGUCCCAGAAAGCUCAGGGAGCCUUUCAGGCGAGGCUCAACCGACUCCAUGGGGUCCCAUCCAAUCCCUCAGCUCUCCAGCAGACCCCAGGGAAGAGCAGCUCUCCCGGGCCCGGCUGUAACGAGAGGCUGGCCAGGCUCUCCCAGGAUGCCCACCAUCACGACCCAUGGUUUAAUCCAGGGACCAGGAGAGAACAUGGACAGCUACUGUGGGACACGCGAACAGACAGAGGCCAUCGCAGGAACUGCUCAUUAAAAACCGCCAGCAGACAGACGAGCGUUCACCUGGGUUCCCUCUGCACAGGGGACAUCAAGAGGAGACGCAAGGCAGCACCUGUGGGGGGGCCCAGCACAACAGGGCUGGUGGGUGAGAACGCGCUGCCCAUCCCGGAGAGCAACAUGGGGAACCGCAUGCUGCAGGGCAUGGGCUGGACUCCCGGCAUGGGCCUGGGGCCUGAGGGCAAAGGCAUCACCGAGCCCAUCCGGGCCCUGCAGAGGCCCAAAGGAGCCGGCCUGGGCUUCAACUGAGGACCCUGGGGCUUCAGGGCCGACAGACACGCGCCGCCGGUCAGCGGGCCCGGGGCAGCCGGGAGCCGGGAGGCAGGGGGUGAGGGGGAAACCUGGACGAGAGACACCGAGCUGACCCCGUGACCCCGCGCUCUCCCAGACCCCCCCGCCCACAAGCGGCAAGGCUGACCCGCGGAUUCAAAUCCAGGAUCACGAAACGCAUCAAGACACGGAAAAGACAGUACAUGGAUUCCUGAGCUGCUUCAUGUCUUAAAACCCCCUGGCGAGAAACGAAAGGAAGCAUCACGCAUUACCUUGUUGAAGCUCAGCGCACGCUACCCGUCUUGUUAUGGUUGAAAUGAUCAAAUACACAAUGUGUAAAAAAAAAUGAUAAGCCCACAGGUUUAAUAAUUAAUAUUUCCCGAUGAGGGCAUUC